CACCAUUGCCUCGAUGCGAUGGAGUCUGCAGCCCGUUUAAAACACAUUUGACUGGACCGUGCAGCGGUGCCAAUAAUCGUCGACGUCAGAGCGGUGUUGGCGCCGAGGAAUGUAUACCCCUAUGUAUGCAGGACAGGUGGAAUGCAGACAAACCAGUUAUGGCGAUACUGGCACCCCCAAGAGUCUUAACUUAUGUCAUUCGGCAUAUCCUAUGUUGGUUCAAAUACAUUGGAUUGUAGAGGCGUGGUAUCACCGGUUGUAUAUAAUGUGCCAGCCGUACAAACCCAGUAUGUCGAGUCAUUCAGCUAGUACACUGCUAAUUUGCACAGGUCAAAUCCUAUAAUUAUCGGCACUUAGAUUUCCCAAGGAAAAAAAGGCAAAUCUUAUCUGUAACUAGUACUGAAGGAAUACGCUGCAAUGGAUAGACUGCGCCAGCAUCUCUCUCGACGGCGGCGCAGCAGCAGCUCCAGCGCAACACCUCUCCAGUCGCCCCAUUUCCCCAGCACCGACAGGCGCCAGGAUGAACGGGACGUAUCACCGCGACGGCUCUAUGUAACGUCCGACACGCAUGAUUUCGACCCAAGCAUCAUCGCGCGCUUCCAAGGCGAAGGGUUCGAGGUGGAGUAUUUGCCAUUCCCAGGCGGAAACGAAGAUAUCGAGAGAGAUCGCAAGGAUCUGGUGAACCUGCUGCACGAGAGGGAGGAUGAUCUCGAGCCCGGGGAGAGAUACGCCGUCGUCGCAUAUCACCGGCCGGCCUUUCUGCUCCUCGCAUCGCACCACCAAUCCACAACAGCCACCAAUCCUCUCCCCAGAAUGUGCGCUCUAGUCGCCUACUACCCGCAAAGGGACAAAUUCCCCGGCAUGUCUGCUCCCCCCUCCACCACCUCAACAUCCACCUCCUCCUGCUACGCCUCCCUCACCCUCCUCCCCAUCCAGAUCCACCUAGCAGGCCACCAAAACCCCUCCUUCUGGGACGACUACAGCGCCCACCCCAGCAGAAAGAGGCAUAGAUGCCACCUCUUCUUCUACCCCGAGUCCGAGCCGGGUUUCGCCGAGCACCCCAGCCCAACCUACGACCGGCUCAGCUCCCGCCUCGCCUGGAGCCGCGCGCUGGAUUGUCUCAAGCGCGGGUUCGGCUGGCCCGGCGGCAGCUGGAAGACGCCUGACGUCGAGACGAUCUGGGAAGAGUACUGGCGGAAUCUGCUCUUCGACAACCGUCAACCCGACGCGGAGGGACACGCCGCCAAGGUCAUGAAGAUGAUGAUUGGGAGUGGCGAUCCGAGCAGCCUAGACAGGCAGAUUGAUGAGACGCCGCUGGUGAAUUGUGUUCCGACUAUGGUUGGUGGAAGCGACCAGCAGUCGAUUUCGACCUUCUACGCGAAAGCAUUCUUCCCUACCGGCCCCCCAUCACAGCAGAUUCGCUUGCUCUCGCGCACCGCCGGGCCGGACCGCAUCGUCGACGAGAUCCUGCUGGCGUUCCGGCAUACCGAGGAGAUACCCUGGUUGCUGCCGCGGGUGCCGCCCACAGACCGCGAGGUGAAGAUUGUCCUCGUGAUGACGGCCAGUUUCCGUGCGGGCAAGCUCUCCCGGCAGAAUAUCUACUGGGAUCAGGCGAGUGUGCUGGUGCAGAUUGGGUUGUUGGAUCCGGCGCUCGUGCCGGGGUGUUUCCGCGCGACGGGAAAGACGAGGGAGGGCAGGCAGGAUGUGGAGAUGUUACCGGUUGUUGGGGCGGAAGGGGUGGAGAGGAUCCUGAAUGGGGUAGACAGUGUAACGGAUUAGGCGUUGAGAAAUACCAUCAGACACGAGUCAAGGCUCGGGUACGAAUCAUC